AACAAUCUUCCCAAUCCUUUAAGAAGGUAGAUGGCAGAUGGGAUGCCUGGUUUUAAGCCAGGUUUUGAUUAAACGUGGCUCACGGCCGGCUUAGGCCAGGCCCGGUACGAAACUGAAACCAAGCCCCACCAAUCUGCACCGUUUUCAUUGCUCCCAGUGCCGGUCCGCUUAGAAAAAAGCUUGGCCCAUCACCACAAACUCUUUCUGGGUUUCACCCAGAAACGUGUUGAAAGAAAUUAUAGUAUUUAUUCAUAUUUCAUAUUCUUAUACACCUUAAUUUAGUAACUUAUUAUUGUAUUAUAUGUUCAUUGAUUAUGGUGUGUCGCUUUCCUUAUCAGGAAAAACCUUUGGGCAAACAAAUUUCCUAGGUUCCAAGUUCCAACCCAAAUCAAGCAUUAGAAAUAUCAACUGCAUCAUAUUCAUUAUUUACCCAUAUUCAGGGUCAGGGGGAACGGAAUUCCUUUUCUCAUCGGAAUUCCAUAUUUCCUCUCAAAUUUUCUUCUUUGUUUUACAAACUAUACAAAAAUUAUUAUGGCAUGGAAUGUUUUCAAAUUCUGUACGGCACUACGUGCCUUGGGUUCAAUUAUGAUCGUUUUCGUUCUUGGGAUUAUUGGGGUAACUUAUUAUGCAGUGGUCGUUGCUCAUUAUGGCCCAAGUCUCUUUCUUGGAGGCUUUGAUAUGCUUUCUGCUAUUCUAGUUCUCUUCUUGUUUCAUUUUCUGCUGUUUAUGGUAUUAUGGAGUUACUCUUCUGUUGUUCUAACGGAUCCGGGUGGUGUUCCACCAAAUUGGAGGCCUCUCAGGGAUGAGGAGAAAGGUGAUGCUGAUCCUUUGGUAGGUUCAAGUUAUGGAAGUGCAGAAUUAGGUUCAACUCAGUCAGCUAUACCUGGUGAUUCCAAAAACCAAGGCAUACGUUUCUGUCAGAAGUGCAAUCAAUUUAAGCCACCUCGCACCCAUCACUGCUCUGUUUGUAAGAGAUGUAUAUUAAAAAUGGACCAUCAUUGUGUUUGGGUCGUCAACUGUGUUGGGGCAUUGAACUACAAGUAUUUCCUUCUUUUCUUGUUUUACACAUUUCUUGGCGCAACACUUGUCAGUUUAUCAUUAUUGUGGGUUUUUAUGGAAUUUUUUAACGAUAGUGAGAUAGCUGAAACACCAGGAACACUUGCUGCUACCUUUAUUGCAUUUGUGUUUAACAUAGCAUUUGCCCUAAGUGUUCUGGGCUUUCUGAUUAUGCACAUAACAUUGGUGAGAGCCAAUACCACCACUAUUGAGGCAUAUGAGAAGAAAAUCACACCUAAGUGGCGUUAUGACCUUGGUUGGAAGAAAAAUUUUGAACAGGUGUUUGGAACAGAAAAGAAGUUCUGGUUCAUCCCAGCCUAUUCAGAGAAUGAUUUAAGACGGAUGCCAUUCCUUCAGGGUUUCGAAUAUCCAACAAGGCCCGACUGGGAGCCACCCCUGCAGCAUUAACUAGGGUUGACAAAUCAAGCUUUCAAGUUUCUACCACUCAUAAGAACCUGGGUUGCAUCUUAUGUACAUAUUGUAUCCUCGUAAGUGAUAACAUUGGUUCUUAUUUGAUGCAGUGGUUAUUGUUUCUUAAAAAUGUUUGAGACCUGCCAAUGCGACCCCAACAUUUUUCAUUGCUUUCCCCUCUUGCCAUGUAAUCAUUUGAGCUUGUAUUCUUGUUCUUCAUAUCUUUAUCAUUAUUUUAAUUAUUGUAAUAAUUGGAACGUUCUUAAGUAUUUUUUU